AUGCUGAAGCGGCGCGUUGCAUGGAAACAAACAACACGUUCUGCCACUUUCUCCGCCGAGCUUCGCCGGAUGCAAAACAAGGACCUUGAGACAGAAGAGUUCCAAAACAAUGUGGGCGAUCUGUUGUCCAGCAUACCGGAAUUGCAAGCUCCUAUCUCCGACUCGGCCUUCUACCUGUCCUACUACUACGACGUGGCGCGCGCGCCGUCACUGCUUGACGGCCUACGGCGCCUGCUGUCUGAUGACCGUAGCGAGGCGCCCGAGGUCGUCAACGCCCUGCAGAAGUUUAACGUGGCGCCGGAGCUUUUUGCUGCGUCGCUGCAUCGCCUCGGCCUUGGGCCGAGCGCCUUUGGCGCCUACGUCUGGGUCUUGAUCAGCUUCAAUGGAGCGGGUUGUGCAGCGCUGGUGUUCACAGCCUUCCUCAUGGGGGGUGGCUUCUCCGGUCUAGUCUGCGGCUCACUGUACGCGGCGCUAUGCUUCGGUGGGACGCAGGCUGGCACAAGAUUGGGGGGUGCCAGCAUGGCCUUGCGCGAGCACUGGGGCGUGCCGGCGCUCUUGCUGCAGAACCUCUUCCUUUCGGCACUUGUACUGCAGCCUGGCGCUGCAGGUCUCAGGCAUCGAUGGCUUCGCUUGAUGCUCGCAGCAGGAACCGCCAUCCUAGAGUUGUCCUGGCAGUUUGCGCCGUUCCUCUUGCUCCUUCAGCUCCUGGCGGCGUUGGGAGCACACGUCCUUGGCGCCCUGCCACGGACCCGCCUGGGAGAGAUCGCCUUGGCACAAGUGCUUGGCACGGCUGUCACACUGGCGGUGUCCUUUGGCAACAGGAUGCUGCUCUGCUCGCCGUUUCUCGCUUUGGCCGCGAGUACCAGCGUGGUCUGCCUCACGCCACUGCCCUCCUUCCUGCAGACAGGCUCCAGGGUGGCCGCGGGACCUCAUGUGAUCGAGGCGGUAUGGGUGCUUCUGGCGGCCCUGCUCCUCGGUGCCGCCACGCACCAAUCCCUGGCAGUUCUUGCCGCCAAUGAGGAGGACAGGCACAUUCUGCAGCUCCUCGCGCAGAAGUUGGGCUUGUCACCGCCGGAGGCAUCCUUCGACGCAUUUCUCUACUUGCAGGCCCCAGAGUUUCAGUUCCUGACCACGGGCCACGUCAUGGAGGCUGCAGCCUCUGGUGCGCUUCCGAGCGCGGCAGUGUCUGCGGUGCUGUUGCUCAUUGGAGUGGCUCGCUCUCGCCUGUGUUCCCGCUCAGAACUGUGCCGGGAGGAAGCAGCGUGGAUCCUCCAGGCGCUCUUCGCCGUGGCGCUGUGCCUCCUUGCCUUCCUCGUGAGCCGUCUGCGCGUGCUGGCAGCGCCUCUGCUGGCGCUCGUCGGAGCUCUGUGCGCGUCUCCCGCGCUUCUGGGCUUCGCAAUUGGCCGCCGCCUGUGGCUGCUGCCGCUUGGUCUUCAGGCCCUCCUCGUGGUGGCGCCGCUCUGGUACAGUAACGUCCUCGACCGGGUGAAGGAGGUCGGACCCCUCGGGGAAGAUGGUGACAUGCGCGAUCUUGUCGCCUGGGCCAACAGCUCACUGCCACCAUCGGCGCUGCUCCUCGCGGACAUGACUCUGGCCGCGAAACUGCGACUGACCUGCCCGCAGAUCCGUGUUGGAAACCACCCGCAAUACGAGAGCCUGACGUCCCGGAAGCGGAAUCGGGAUUACUACAGGACCUUUACCUGUGCAUCACCCGCAACGGUGCACCAGGUGAUUGCUCCGUACGGCGUCACGCACCUCGUGCUGAACGCCAACGCUUGCCGGGCGCGUGUGGGCAAGCUCGACGCUUUUGUCGACGAGUCUGACCGCUGCGGGGCAGCCAAAGGAGCUGCGCUUCUGCGGCGAAGCUUCUGCUCUGGUGGCUUCACGGCUGGCGCAGGCUUGUUCGAGGUGGUGUAUUGGAACGCAAUCUACAUUGUUCUGCGUGUGGGGGCCGCGGGCGGCAGAAAAGCCUCCCAGCCUGUAGACCUGCUUCAGGUCACCGGCACUUUGGCAGCUCGGGGCCUGGCACAGGCCGCCUACAGAUGGAAAGGUGGCCUGCAGGCCUCCGAGCAUCAGCUGCAACGGGCACUGGAGCUGGCGCCCGAAGAUCCACUCGUAGUGCUCGCGGCCGCCACGGCAUCCGGCCGCCCAAGCUGGGACGAGCUGGCUCGAGCUGCAGACCUGGCAGCAGGCGCGCCGCUGGCGGAGCGCGCGCCGAGGGUCAGUGAGAACCCUGCGGCACUGUUCCAGGUCUACCUGUCCUUCAAGGGCCUGCUGAACCAAAGGGGCCCACAGGCUGCCAAGCGCCUGGCGAACCUGGCCAAAGCAUUGGCGCCGUACCUCGAGGCAACUUACAACAGCUUCGACCUCUGCGACAUCGCUGGAUGGCUCAAGGACUGGGGAGAAACGGCCCUGGCGCGCAAGCUCUGGCGUCGCGCGGCGCGUGACCCUUUCGACGCCUGCGUGAGAGAGGACUGGGAGAAGUGGGAGGGCUCGCCACCCACCACCUUCGAGAUUUGGCGGGCCUUCUUCCGGCUUCAAGUGGAGCCGCAGACGCGGGAAAAGUGGCCCUCUGUUCAUGAGACCUACUGGGACCUGCUCCGGCAUCUCCAGAAAGAGCGGGUGGACGUGCACAAGGCCACCGACAAGACCUACAGCAAGAAGGUCACGUACUAUUGUCUGGCAUGUGUGAAACAACAGGAGGGCUUGGCGCUCCUGGGCAAGGAGCCUGCGCAGCCUGCACAGGAUGCGCAGGCAGAUAGGCAACACGGCAUGAAGACGGAGGCAACGUCUGAACGCGGUGCAUGUGAUGCCGUCGUGUUAGCCGGGGGCAGCAUCGGAGCCUAUCCGUCGAGAAGCCCAACACCCCAGUUGCAUUAG